UUGUCUGUACGCCGCUACAUACAAAAGUGGAGUCCCCCCUUCGCUCACUCUCCCCCUCCUCCUCCCUCAUUCCACUCCCACACCUCACCCGCUCCAAACCAGAGGAAGAACGAGAGGAGCGGAACGAGGAGGAGGAGCAAACCAACCAGCAAGCUGCGCCUAAAUCAUUUGUAUCAGUACAUUGCAUACAAGGACCUCAAGGGAUCGAUCGAUGGCUCCGAGCUACGAGAUGGCAGCCUCCAUCUUGCUCUGCGCCGAGGACAGCAGCAGCAUCCUCGGCUUCGGCGAGGAGGAAGAGGCGGCGGCCGUGAAGGCAGCCAGUUGGUCGCCGUACUCCGGCGAUGUUUUCGCGGCGGAUCUCCCCUUGCCGUCCGAGGAAUGCGUGGCCCGUUGGGUGGAGACGGAGGCGGAGCACAUGCCCAGGGAGGACUACGCCCAGAGGCUGCGCGCUGGGGGCGUGGAUCUUCUUGUCCGGACGGAUGCCAUUGACUGGAUUUGGAAGGUCCACACGUACUACAGUUUCGGCCCUGUUACUGCCUGCUUGGCCCUCAACUACUUGGACCGCUUCCUCUCGCUCUACCAGCUUCCCGAAGGCAAGACUUGGAUGACGCAGCUGCUUGCAGUGGCGUGCUUGUCUGUAGCGGCCAAGAUGGAGGAAACUUCAGUGCCUCAAUCUCUUGACCUCCAGGUCGGGGACGCACAGUACGUGUUCGAAGCCAUGACGAUCCAGAGGAUGGAGCUCCUGGUCCUGAGCACGCUCAAAUGGCGGAUGCAGGCCGUCACCCCUUUCUCCUACAUCGACUACUUCCUCCACGAGCUCAACGGCGGCAAUGCGCCUUCGAGAAGCGCCGUUCGGCGGUCUGCGGAACUCAUCCUGCGCAUAUCCAGAGGAACGGACUGCUUAGAAUUCAGGCCAUCGGAGAUCGCCGCGGCGGCCGCCGCCACCGUGGCUGGGGAAGACUGCACUGUAGACAUCGACAUGGCUCGCUGCUGCACCUACGUAGACAAGGAGCGGGUGCUGCGCUGCCACGAAGCGAUUCAGGCCAUGGACCUGAUGCCGGUAGCACCUAAAACCGCAAGACGGGGCAGAGCCUCCUCCGUCUCGUCUGCCCCACGGAGCCCUACUGGGGUGUUGGACGCUGCCUGCCUUAGCUGCAGAAGUGAUGGUACAACCACUGCUGCAUCGUCGCCUGCAAGCUCUGCUUUCGACAGCUCCCCUGUUUGCAGCAAGAGGAGGAAGAUUAGCAGAUGAUUAGAACAAUAAUAGGUCAAAAAGUCUUAUCUUCUGUGCACACUGAUCAUCAUCGUCGCCCCCUGGAGAAAAAAAGUCAAAUGGUAUUGAUCGAUUGCGCUGGCUUUGGGAGCUUUUGAUGCCGUAUGAAAGAGCCUGAAAGGGCAACUGAUGGACCAAAAGCAGGGCAUUUUGGAUAUGACAACAGAGCAAAAGACAGUGGUGAAUAAAGAGGACCUGGCUCUAAAUUUCUACAAGUAGGCAGCCAUAAUGAUGUUCUCAAAGGAGCACACUAGGUUUUGUACGUACAAAGACAAAGCUGGCUUGGGUUGAGGUGAGGCGACCAAAAUAAAGUCUGGUGAGGUGACAGUGGCACAAGGCAAGAACCGAAGAACUAUGUCACUGACCUUGCUGUGUUUUAGCUGCUACUAGUUUGCAUAAUUCUGUAAUUUCCCCCUGAUUUCAUUUGUGAAGAAAAAUCCAAGAGAGAAAUAAGCAAUUUUGGCGUCAAA